AUGGAAAAUGUUACAACAGCUAAGCACUCCGAAGGAAAUGUGCUAAUUAGUUUUUUCAAAAUUUUCUGUUCAUUCCUUUAUAAAAAGAUAAACAAUAUAAUAGAUAUAAGUGCUAAUUAUACAUUCAAAUUUACAAAUAAAUGGAAGCACUUAAAAGAAAAUAACGAAAAGCUACUAUAUAUCAUAGUAAUUAAUCUUUUUAUAUUCUUAUCUGUCUGUUUGUUUAUAAUUAAAUACACAGGAAGGAACAAAAAACAAAAUCCGCCAAACAUAUCUACUAAUGUUGCAUAUAAAAAAAAGGAAAAGGAAGAAAAAAAAAAUAUUCCCAAAAGAAAGGGAUCAUCGAAAAAAAAGGAAACUCAAGAGACAAACAAUAAAAUGGAAAACAUAAAAUAUGAUGAGCAGCAAUAUGUAACGGAAACAAUAAAUGACUCAGCUAACGAUAGCAACUAUAAAAAAGAGAUUAGUGAAAGUGGAGAAGAUUAUAAAUCAAAAAAACCAAAAAAAAAGGGGAAGAAAAAAGUAGAAAAGAAAAGGAAAAAAAAGGAUAUGCCUCUUACAAAAUCUUCAACGACAAACUCAAUGCCCUAUGUGGAUGUACCACUUUCCAACUUGAGUUUAAAACAAAAGGAAAAGGAGAAAGCAAUAUUAGAUCAAAAAAAAAAAACGAAAGGGAAAAGGGGAAGAGCUAAAAAGAAUCUAACUGCUAAUGAAGAAACCGAUGAACCACAUAGUAGCAGGUUCGCAAUAAAUACCACUUAUUUAUUAAUAAUACAUAAAAGUGUAUGUUCCUUAAUUGUUAUUCUAUUUGUUCAAAUUAUACAUUUUUGCAUAAUGCCCCUUUAA